UAAACAUAUAGCCGGUAAUGUAAAUAUUAUUUUAUUGGCAAUUAUAAUGAAAAAAUAUUAGAAAUGGCAGAGGCCACUUAGGUCUUUGUAGGCUAUUACAAAGAAUUCUCAUCAUCCACUUUAUCGAAGCGAUAUCGGUUAUGGUAUGAAUAUUAAUGGGACAUCUUUUAUUAAGAUCCAUGGCUGCGGAUUUAAAAUUCGUACAUGAAACUUUUAGAAUCGUCGCGUAUUUAAGCGGAUCCUUUUCAGGACCGCGAGCCGUUUAGCGAAUUUCAAUAGUUAUCGCGUGGAGAAAAACACAAACGGGCAAGAGUGGCAUGGAUGUGCGAGCGAGAGGUCGGCUAACAAAGAAGUAAUAAAAAAGCGGUUGUGUGCGUGGUCGGAGUGUGGUGGCGUAGGGCGUCCCAGGCCCCUCCCUGAGCUCGUCGACGCCUCGCCGCAGCCUCGCCGGCCGCCGCCGCCUCAGUCUGCCUCACAACCCAGAGACGCAACGGUCUGCUCUGCAUUACAAUCCGCGCGUAAAAAGUUUUAACAAUAUUCCGAAACUUCCGAUAGCUGUGACAGCACGGUUUAAUAGUCACUGACGACUUAAACGGUUUUAGAAUAUUAUACAACUUGUGUAGGGUUGUGUUGGGAAGGUCGCGAAUAAAAUUACUGGUAUAGAUGCACUGUACCACACAUGGGAUGCGAAGUCGGUGAGGUGUGGUGCAAGUACUCGGAGGCCGUGAGCUUGAUGCUGCUGCAGGGCCGGGAAGGCUUCGAAGGCCGGGGGCCUGCCAUGGAGGAUGAGUGCUCGGCGAGGCCCUGCGCCACUGACUUCUCCAUCGCCGCCAUAAUGGCCAGGGACCGGCAGGAGCGGAGGGAGCGCCGAAGACACAGAGACCCCAGAGAAGAUACACUUACACCAUUAGAAAAGUUUGUGGACGCUACGGCAUCCGCUGCGGAGUCCCCGUCUCCACCUCUGGAAUAUGAACGGGAUUCCCCCGUGGACGUCUCCUCAACCUCAGAGGCUGGUUCAGCUGGAGCGCCCAGCGGUUCCAGAGCUCUCUCCCCCCCAAGAAACCCUCAGCUGGCUGAACGAUGGUCCAGCGAGGAAAUGAGGCACAUACAGUGCCAUCUCGAAACUAAAGAACUGUGGGACAAAUUCAACGAACUAGGAACGGAAAUGAUCAUCACAAAAACAGGAAGACGAAUGUUCCCGACGGUGCGAGUGUCUUUCGCGGGAUGCCGAGCCGAGGCUCGUUACGCCGUAUUGCUGGACGUGGUGCCGGUGGACGGCAAGCGUUACCGAUACGCCUACCACCGCUCUUCCUGGCUGGUGGCCGGCAAGGCAGACCCUCCCGCGCCAGCGAGGCUCUACCCUCAUCCUGACUCACCCUUCUCCGGGGACCAACUUCGCAAGCAGGUCGUCUCCUUUGAGAAGGUCAAACUCACGAACAACGAAAUGGACAAAAAUGGACAGCUGGUCCUUAAUUCAAUGCAUAAGUAUCAACCCCGAAUCCAUCUGGUAUUACGAAGAGAAGGAGCUAUCAACGCACCGAUCACAGACCUCGAGCAAGAGGAGUUUAAGACGUUCAUAUUUCCUGAAUGCGUCUUCACCGCAGUCACGGCCUACCAGAACCAACUUAUAACCAAACUUAAAAUCGACAGUAAUCCGUUCGCAAAGGGAUUCCGCGAUUCUUCACGUCUGACGGAAUUUGAGAGAUUCUAUAUCACGGGGGAGCACGAAAGAACAUCAGUCUUCCCCGAUGACGCGCGCCUCGGUGCCGCCCAUCCUAGAGAGACGAUGGAGUCGAUGCUGGCUGAGCAGCAUUAUUUACGGUCACCUCUUAGACCGUUCGAUCUGGAUCAGCACAACAACAAUCUGACGCUGGAAGAGAAAGCGAUUUUGGCGGCCAGGUCACAGUUGUUCUUGCGAGCAGCGUAUCCUCUGUACGGGGUACCAGCAGCAGCGUUGUGGGGUCAAUGGGCGUGUCUGGCGCCACAAUUACUGGCACAACAGCAUCUAGCUUCAGGGUCUGGGCUACAGUUGCCUCGGCCAGUAUACCCGGGUGGUGUGCCAGCAUCACUCUCGCAGCAUCGCUUCUCCCCCUACCCCGCCCGCCGUUCCUCACCGGGUUCCUCACCAGACUCCCUCCGCGCGAGUCCCCACUCCUUGCCCCCGCCCGCACCGCACACACCUCACGCACCCCACAGCCCGACCUAGUAGAAGACAUCAUAUACUUGGCGCACUAUCGAGCACUUUUGUUGCAUUGCUUUUGUGAAUCAGAGAUCCCUACGGAUACAGGAAGAUCGCACAUUUUUGGUAGCAGUGCAUAGUUGUUAAAUGAAUUGUUUUGCAAUUAUCAGUGAUUUUGAAGGACAGUGAAAAAAAACUAUCCCAGUGUCAUGUACCAUAUUGUAAAAUAAUGUAUUUAAAUAUCAUAAUAUUAAGACUGUAAUUAUUGUUAUGAUAGCAUAAUAUUAUUAUGUUCCUAAUUUCUUUAUAAAAUAUUUUCGUGAACAUUAAUAGAAACAAAAUUUUCAAUGUAACUUCGUAAUGUUGGUUGGUUUAUCUUCAUUAAUUUUCAUCAUUUUAAAUGUCAUAUUCGAUACUGGUUAGGUGAAAUGUGCAAUAAUAAUAUUGUUUUAGCAUUCUAGCUGUUUGUAGAAUGAUAGAAGUUACAAUUAUUGUCUGUGUUUAGGGUACUCAACUAAAAUGGACACAUAAAAGUACCCACUAUAUUAUAGAUAUUAGUUAAAUUAUAGUAAUUAUAAAUAAUAUAUUAAUAAAGAAUAAACAAUUAAAUGUUUGUUA